UCAGACAGCUUCCAGUGGCGGCAGAGAGCCACCAGAGGCCGAUGCGGGCUCAGUUACCGACUCUGUGCGAUUUUAUAAACGUGUCAUAAAAAGUGGGAUACUACAGUUGGUUUACGUCGCUUCUUGGUGAAGCUUAUUAGCUGAUUAGCUUUGCUGCUAACUUCGUCGCUUCUUUUAAUGCUGCAUUCGAGUUCCACGGGAAAAUACAAUCGUACAAGAAAACGUGGCUCUCGUCAGGUUUGAAAUGUGAUGCGAAAGCGGAAUAACUCGCUGACUGCGGAGCCUGACAGCGGGACCACCGGCACUCUGCUGGACAGCGACCCGGACCUGAAGCAGCGUCCCGGCAGGGGAGCAGCGGGGCCCGCAGCCGGCGGCCGGCGGGGCCCGGCGGAGGAGCGGAACAUGGGGAAACCGUUCAGGAGGCUGGGGGUGGUGGGGAAGCUGAAGAGGAUCAUGUUGUGGCUGCUCGUCGUUUACGUCUCCAUCCCCUUCAUCAUCAAACUCUGUCCAUCCAUCCAGGCCAAACUCGUCUUCCUCAACUUCGUGAGGAUGCCGUACUUCAUCGACCUGAAGCAGCCCCUGGACCAGGGAUUGAACCACACACACAACUUCUACCUGGAGCCUGAAGCUGGACUCAAGAUUGGAGUCUGGCACACGGUUCCUGCUCAGAUGUGGAGAGAAGCUCAGGGGAAAGACGGCGACUGGUACGACUCCACGCUCAGCUCCACCCCCGUCAUCCUCUAUCUCCACGGCAACGCAGGGACCAGAGGAGGAGACCACAGAGUUCAGCUGUACAAGGUCCUCAGUUCAUUAGGCUACCAUGUAGUCACGUUUGAUUACAGAGGUUGGGGGGAUUCAGACGGGUCUCCAUCAGAGGGGGGGAUGACCUCAGACGCUCUUUUCAUCUACGAUUGGCUGAAACAGCGUCUUGAUAAAACACCACUUUAUAUCUGGGGACACUCUCUGGGCACAGGAGUCGCUACAAACCUGGUCAGACGUCUGUGUGACAGAGGCAGUCCUCCAGACUCCCUGAUCCUGGAGUCUCCGUUCACCAACAUCAGAGAGGAGGCCAAGAGCCACCCCUUCUCCAUGGUGUACAGAUACCUGCCCGGCUUUGAUUGGUUCUUCCUGGACGCCAUCACAGCCAACAACAUCCGCUUCGCCAGUGACGAAAAUGUGAAUCAUAUCUCCUGUCCCGUGUUGAUCCUCCACGCUGAGGACGACACUGUGGUUCCUUUUCAUCUGGGGAAAAAGCUGUAUAACAUGGCCUCCCAGUCAAAGAGCCUCAGCAGUCACAAGGUUCAGUUCGUUCCCUUCCCGUCCUCUCUGGCCUACAAGCACAAGUUCAUCUACAGGAGCCCGGAGCUGCCAAACAUCCUCAGUAAUUUCCUUGGCACAGCUCAUCCUGUCGCACACUGAGGAGAAACCGAAGGACACACACUCUUAUUGUACAACACACACACACCACUGUUUGUUUGACUGAUGGACUGAACGUUGUCGCAUGAACUGAACACAAACACACAUCAUUCCCUUUUCUCUCCGUUAUCAUUCCUCACACACAAACACUGGCUUCACAGGGUCACGGUGGUUCGGUUCAGCCGAGAGUUUUUACUGUAGAGAGACGGGAAACCAAACUGGACGACCAACAGAGACGUGAAGUGAAGAAUCUCUGCGUUUUUAUCUUUUUAAUAUUUUAUCAUCGACACACGGAGCUUGACUCUUUAUGAUCUGUGUGAUUUAUUGUUUGUUUUCUGUUUGUUUCUGUUGGUUUUUAUUCUUUGGGUCCAUCUGAUCAUGUCUGACUCUUCUGUCUGAGGUUUCAGGGUCUGGUUUGUUUUUAAGAAAUGUCUCAGUUUGAAGGCCUGUUAUGACUUGAAUUAUGAAUUAAAUAUUUCUUGUUUUAUGUA